AUGAAUAGCAUCAUUUCAUCAAUAGACCCUGGAGAGUCACACACAGUUGUUCUUUCUGAUCAUCCCUCUCUCAUUCGCUCCUGUAUCAAUAAUAACACCAAGAGACCAAACAGAAUACGGCCAUACCCAUUGAGUGAUGUGAACGACCUCAAAAUACAACAGGGACUCAUUAUCAAGGAUUUAUUGUUUGCCUGUUUGGGGUUCGAAGGGUGUUACAUCCGUUACAGUGAACGAUAUGACGGUACAAACAAUGAUUCAAAAGUCAGAGGGCCAGACUUCAAGAUAGCUAAGCAUCUCGAUAUCAGUUUGAAGAGCAUAACCAAGAAGUUGAUCAGAUUUGGCAAGUUCUACUCGGGUUUGAAAGGAUUUGUGGAAAUCUAUGAUCACAACCAGUAUGGCACAGUCAUUCAAAAUUUGUGCAACCAAAUAACUCAAUUCUUAAAGGCAUUCCAAGCAAUCAUAAUAUCAAUAGAGCAGGAGUUUAAAUUCAAUGCAACAUUCAAUUUGAAUUUGUUCGAAAGCAUGAUCAAUCAGGUUGUGGACCAAAUCACCCAUUUGUACGAGAUUUCCAUUCAAAUCCACGAUCUUACCGUUGAAAGACAAACAGCACCUAAAACCAGCCAAUUCCAGGACUUUUUGUCUAAUGUAACGACCAGCUUGAAAAAAUCAGGAAUUGUGGAUAUCAACGUCAACGGUGAGAGAUUCGACUCAUGCAAAGGAGGUUUGGUAUUGAGGAUUAUUCAACAAAGAAUAAAUGUAUACAAGGGAGACUUUAAAUCAUCGGAAUUUUUAACAUCCUUGUUUGAAAGUGUGAGUAAGGAUUAUCUUGUCAUGCUCAAUGAAUGGUUGAUUAAUGGGGACAUAAAUGAUACGGCAGAUGAGUUUUUGAUCCGCGAAAAGCAAGUACCACCUAGGUUCCUUGAAAUUAUCAAUAGCAAAAGUGAACAUUACUGGAAUGAAUUGUUCAUAAUAAGAACUGACGGUUUGAUAGAUCAGUUUUCUAGCAUUGAAAUCCAAAGGAAAAUACUAAACACAGGAAAAUAUCUCAAUAUAUUCAGAGCUUGUACAGGUAUAACCAAUUUUCAAAGUCUUCACGAAUCCAUUCUGCCAAUAGACAAGAUAAUAUCGAAAGAUUUAGAACUAAAGAUCAAUGAGUUCUACAAUAGAUCGAAUAAACUUUUGAUGAAAUUGUUAUUUGAAGGGUUUGGUUUAAGAAAUGUGAUACGAGACUACCAGUCACUAUUCCUCUUUGAUGAUUCUUACAAAAUUGACAAAUUUCUAGACAAGACGUUUUAUGAUUUGAAGAGAAAUAGAUAUGCUGUAUCUUUAUCAAAAGUUCAAAAGCAAUACAGAGAUAUUUCUUGUUCUGUGAAGAAUAACUCGUCUCAUACCAAUUCCCUCCAUGAAUUCCUAUUGAAUAGCCAAGUAUUUUCUGUCACUACAACCAAUUUCUACCAGGUAGCGAAGGAAAUUAUGAAUGUUCAAUCAUUUGAUGAACAGAUCUUCCAACAAUCGAACUUCCAGAAUAUAUUUCAAAAUAUCAACCCUCAAGCUACAGCACAACCAUCAUCUCAGGACAACCAGAGCAAUUUUGAUCAGAAUCAUUCUGAUGAAUACGCUAUAAGUAGCGUUGAUCUCACCAUAAAUCUUCCCUUUCCAUUAAAUCUCAUUAUCAACAGAGAACUUUCCUACCACUAUGAAUUAAUGUUUAAAUUACAAAUAAUGAUCAAGUUUCUUGAUAAAUUUAAUAUCAUAACAUGGCAAAAUAUCAAUCAAUCCUCAGUAUGGAAAUAUUCGGGAUUUGAACCUAGAAUAAAAAAAUGGAUUCUUAGAUGCCGUAUUCUUCACAAGCGGAUACUGGAUUUUUUAAAUGAAUUACAAAGUUAUUUGAACUACGAGGUGAUAGAUUCAAACUAUAAAAAAUUGUCCGGUUAUUUUGAGAAGGUGGAUAUCCAGUUAUCCAACUCUGAGUUAGGUUCAGUAAUCACUAGUACAGAUAGCAGAGCCAUACAUGGGAAUCCCUCUCUAAACAACUACAAUAAUAACAAUGCAAACUUGUUUGAAAGCAAGAUAUUGUCCCAUGAAAAUAAGAGAAAGAACUUUUAUAAUCAAGAAACUCACAAUCAUGUGUCUAUUGAAGAUCUUAUGAAUAAUUUAAAUGGCUAUCUUAAUGCUCUAAUCAAUGAUUCAUUAAUAACCAAAGAGGAAUUGUUGGACAAUCUUAAGCAUUUUUUCGACUUGAUUAUUCUGUAUAAUCAUUAUUUGAACCGAUUGAAAAAGAUAUUAAUCUUGUGCAACGAGCAAUUGUUUGAGAGAUUUGCAUCAGAUUUCCCUGAUAAAUUCACCGAAAAGUCUGUGGACCCCAAAUCGAUUGAUGUAAGAUUUGAAAACUUGAAUGGCUCCUUGAAAGAUUAUUAUGACAAUUUUGGUGACUCGCUUACUCAAUUUAUUGUUGGUUUGAGGAGGUAUGGAGAAGUUGAAAAUAAACUGAUCCUAGCCUUGAGCGAGAGAUUGGAAAGAUGCUUUCCUGAAAGCUGA